GACGAUGAGUCACUGAACAUGCCCAGACCCCAGACAACACACACGAAGAGGGAUGUUUCUUCCCCUAAACCUACCAGCAUGGACUCUUUGGUACUUUAGGAAAUUAUAUACCCAUUUUUGCUUUUACUCACGGUUUUAGUUUUUCAACCGUUCUACCUCAAAUAUCCUAUCUCACGGCUAUAGAAUCGUGACUCCCCAGUGUGCAAGCUCCAAAAUAGGAAAAUCCUCCAUUGCUCUCCAGUGUCAGACCACACAACAAACAUUUCAAAAUGGCUGCUCUCAUCACAGAGAACUUCAAGUUUGUCUCGCUCUUCUUCAAGAGCAAGGACGUAAUGAUCUUCAAUGGCCUGAUAGCCCUGGGCACGGUGGCAAGUCAGACCAUGUACAACAUAUUUGCCUUCGACUGCCCGUGCUCCUCCGGGCGGAACUAUCUCUACGGCCUGGCAGCCAUCGGGGUGCCCGCCCUGGCAUUCUACCUCGUUGGCAUCAUGCUGAAUAAGAGUACCUGGGAUCUGGUGUCUGAGUGCCGCCUCAGGAGGUGCCGGAAACUAUCGGGGGUGGCUGCCUUCGCUGUCCUAGGCACUGUCGUUGGCAGAGCGGCCGUGGCUCCCGUGACAUGGACUGUCAUCUCACUAUUACGUGGGGAGGCCUAUGUGUGUGCCCUCAGUGAGUUUGUGGAUCCUUCAACCUUGGAGGGUUUUCCCUCUGGACAGGGGUUAGACGUCAUGGCCAGGUUUCCCUGUAAGGCCACGGUCCCACAGGAGAUGCAGGGUUUCUGGGCGGAGAUUGAACGCCGGCUGAAGUACGAGUCUCAGUGUUUUUCCUUUCAGCUGCUAGGGUGGCUGAUGGUGGCGGGGAUGGCAGUGGUUCUGUUUCUCCUGCUGUGCAUGAAGCGCUGCUGCUCUCCCCUAGGCUACCAACAGGAGGCGUACUGGUCCCAGUUCCGCUCCAACGAGCACGACCUCUUCCAGCGCACGGCCGAGGUGCACUCCCGUAUCCUGGCUGUUGAGAGCGUGAAGAGCUACUUUGGCUUCGUGGCCCUGGAAAAAGAGGAGAAAGAGCAACUGGAGGAGCACCAGAAUGCCAGCCCCAUCUCUAGUACAGAGUGGAACCGGAUCACUGGGGUCUACCUGUACAGAGAGAAAAAGGGAUUGCCCCUCUACAGCCGCCUCAACAAGUGGGCCCAGUACAGUGCGGAGAACAACAUAGAUGCCAUGGAGAAAGAGAUGGACACUCUGAGCUGACUGGCACUGGACACCCCAGUGUUCUUCAGCCCUGAUCCUGGAAACCGACCGGGAGUGCAGGCUUCUGCUCCAGCCUAGCACUGACACAUUCAACUGAUUAACUUAAUAGUAAAGUCCUUGAUUAGUUGAACGAAUCAGGUGUGUAAGCACAGGGCUGGAGCAAAAGCAUGCACAUCCGAUGUGUCCCCAGGACCAGGGUUGAAGAACACUGGCCUAGGUAGAUUAGUCUUUUACUUGUAUUAUCCCACAUUUAUAUGUGUAACAACCUUCAGCUAGUGAUGGCACAUUAUAACUAUGUCAGUAAAUUGGAAUGGACUCAAAUGUGGGUUGAACUAAUGUUCCCAAAGUUACACUGUCAUUGUUCCCCAUUUACGUUCUCUUCCAGUUUUCAAAUGGUUGUAAUGGUUGAUAAAGGAUGAUAGUCCAAAUGA